AACUGACGGGCUUUCAUUUCCAUUUCACACACCCUAGCAACACUUAAAUCUUGCGGAAUUGCACUGGUAGCGUGAAAAAGCACACUCGAGAGAAACCCGACCACUCGCUGUGAUUUGCAAGGACGAGAACCAGCCUUGAAACUGGGACAGACGGUUCCUCAUUCACACUGGCCACAUUUCAGAGGGGCACCAUGCCGGUGGAAAGGAUGCGCAUGCGCCCAUGGCUGGAGGAGCAGAUAAACUCCAACACGAUACCAGGGCUGAAGUGGCUGAACAAGGAAAAGAAGAUUUUUCAGAUCCCCUGGAUGCACGCAGCUAGACAUGGGUGGGACGUGGAGAAGGAUGCACCACUCUUUAGAAACUGGGCAAUCCACACAGGAAAGCAUCAACCAGGAGUAGAUAAACCUGAUCCCAAAACAUGGAAGGCGAAUUUCCGGUGUGCCAUGAACUCCUUGCCCGACAUCGAAGAAGUCAAGGAUAAAAGCAUAAAGAAAGGAAAUAAUGCCUUCAGAGUCUACCGGAUGUUGCCCUUAUCUGAGCGGCCUUCUAAAAAAGGAAAGAAACCAAAGACAGAAAAGGAAGACAGAGUGAAGCACAUCAAGCAAGAACCAGUUGAGUCAUCUUUGGGGCUUAGUAAUGGAGUAAGUGAUCUUUCUCCUGAGUAUGCGGUCCUGACUUCAGCUAUAAAAAAUGAAGUGGACAGUACGGUGAACAUCAUAGUUGUAGGACCGUCACCUCUGGACAGCAACAUUGAGGAUCAAGAGAUUGUCACUAAUCCACCAGAUAUUUGCCAAGUAGUGGAGGUGACCACUGAGAGCGAUGAGCAGCCAGUCAGCAUGAGCGAGCUGUACCCUCUGCAGAUUUCCCCCGUGUCUUCCUAUGCAGGAAGCGAAACUACGGACAGUGUGCCCAGUGACGAAGAGAGCGCCGAGGGACGGCCACCCUGGCGGAAGAGGAACAUUGAAGGCAAACAGUACCUCAGCAACAUGGGGACACGGAGCACCUACCUGUUGCCCAGCAUGGCGACCUUCGUGACCUCCAACAAGCCGGACCUCCAGGUCACCAUCAAAGAAGAGAACUACCCUAUGCCCUUCAGCAGCUCCUGGCCCCCUUACCCAGACCACCCGCUCGCGUCCUCCGUCGCCCCCGCCACCCCCAGCGGCAGUCGGCCGGACCGGGAGACUCGGGCCAGCGUCAUCAAGAAGACGUCCGACAUCGCCCAGGCCCGAGUCAAGAGCUGUUAAGCCGUUGACUUCCCCUGGUGGCCGUUGGGGUUUUCUUGGCUUUGUGUUGUUGUUCGUUUGUAGUUUGUUUUUCUCUCUGACACCCGUUUUAGACAAAUCUACAGGAAAAGCCUUGGCAGUAGAACACGGACCGCUGUGUCCGACCCCAGGACUGGAGCGUCGCUUUAACUCAGGACUCCAGCCCAGUGGCAGACAUGUGUCUCUAAGAGCCUGCUGGAUCUCCCAGGGCUGCUCCCUCAAGUUCAAGGACGUCAUAGGACCAACACCCACACGGGCAGUGAGGUGCUGCAUUGCCUGCAGUCAAGGCCAGCAUGGUGGAGUGGAUGCCUCCGAGUGGACGAGAAAAUGUGAACUAGCUGGAAUUUUUUAUUCUUGUGAAUAUGUACAUAGGGCAGUACUAGCGACGUUUGCAGUCGGCUUCUGCACCUUAUCUUAAAGCACUUACAGAUAGACCUUCUCGUGACCUUGCCCUCCUCCCCAGCACAUUCAGCACCCCUUCCCCACCCUUCCCCACGCCUCCCCUCCACCCCUCCCGGUUCCUUUCCUCCUUCUCCUCUCUCAGUGGCUGUGUUCCACAUCCCUGGGAGGGGAGGAGAAGAAAAUGAACUUCUCCACAGAUGUCCCAUGUUAAGACUGCUUUAAAAAAAGACAAAAAAUCUUUCUAAUCUGCUAUGCUUGAAUGCCACGCGGUACAAAGGAAAACUAUCAUGGAGACCUUAUGCAAAUUCUCAGAUUUGAAGACAAAAAAAAAAGUACUCUAAUUCUAACCAGAGCAAGCUUUUUUAUUUUUUAUACAGGGAAAUAUUUUAUUCAAGGUGAAAAUUCUAAAGAAAAUAUAAUUGUUUUUUAUCUUUUCUACAGCAAAUUUAUAAUUUUAAGAUUUCUUUUCUUGUUUAUCAGCAGUUGUUAUUACACCCUUGUGGCACAUUUUUUUUAAUUUUGUAAAGGUGAAAAAGCUUUUAUGAGCUCAUGUAGCAAUCAAAUUAUCCUGUGGAUUGAUAAUAAAUGAAUA